CCCAGCAGUGCCAAGCCAACGCCAGAGACGUCCGCUGCAGCCGGGUCCCUGGCAACCAACCGCAUGUCCCUGGAGGUCAGCAACAAGCAGAAGAGCCCACAGCCCAGCCAAGCCCCCACACAGCCACCGGUCACCCCCUUGGACCCAGACCACGCGAGCCGAGAGGCCUCCACAGCCAAGAGCCCGGUGACACAACCCAGAACGGCACCAGAAGCCCCAGAGUCCACGCCGGCUGUGAUCCGGAGCUCUCCUGCUACCCCAGAGCAUCCUUCCAUCUCGACUGCCACCACGCCGCUGCACACAGGCAGGGACAGCCCGAAGCUCAUCACAUGCCACAAUGUCAAAGAAUUGAGUGACACUGGAGCCAUCUGCUUGCAGCUCAACGAGUCCAGCACUUGCAAACAUUUUUUAGAGGAGCAGGGAUCGGACUUAUGGAGUGCAAUAUGUGAAACGAAGAACCACCGCAUUCCCUCCCCCUGCCAGAUUAAACUCGCUAAAUCGGAGGUGGACCGUGACUGUAUGCUCCUCAUCCUCGUCGGUGAGAGAGAUCCUGCUACAGAUAUACUCCAGGAGUCUCACUGGGCAAAGUUUGGAAUAAAAUCCCUUAAACAGGGGAGCGUGAAGAACCACCAGGACUUUUCUCAGAAGACCCUGAUCGCCUUGGUCACAUGUGGACUCAUGCUGGCGUUCCUGGGCUUGGCUGGAUAUUUCCUGAUGAAGCGGCGGAGCUGGAGCCCCGCGGGAGAAAGGCUGGCUGAAGACCCAUAUUACACGGAAAAUGGUAGCCAGGGAAACACGAUGUUGAUGAUGCCCCCCCAAGAGCAACCUGAGCUGCAGGAGAAGCCAAACCUCAACGGAGGGACUCAGGAGAACGGCACUGGCCAAGCGUCUUCCAAAAACGGCCACUCAGCCAGGCAGCACAGCCCUGCCGACACCGAGAUGUGA